UUUGGGUUUCGAAAUCCGACACAGCUGGAGAAAAAAGAUUGGGUAGCUGUUAGUGAAUAUGUGUUUACGACUGCCUAUUAGCGAAUAAUUGGUAUUCGAUGAGUAUUGGAAAAUGGGCAAAGGCAACAAAGUAAUCAAGGCUACCAAAAGCAAAAGCAAGAGCAAGAGCGGCAAGACGAGCAGCAGAAACACCACUAACGACGUUGGCAACAAUAGCAAUAAUACCAGCAAUAAUACCAGCAAAGAUGGGUAUGAAUUUCCUUCAAAUGUUGAUAAGUUUUUGAGAACUCGAAUGAAAGAUAAUAGUUAUUUCAAUAUCAAUAAAUACAAAUUUAAAUAUGUGAUUUCGCCUUCUCAGAUUGUCAUAAUAGAAAACUUUUUUAUAAAGGAGUAUUGCGAUGAGAUAAUUCUCUCGAUUAAUGAAAGAUUGAAGUUUUUGACCACGCCACUUGUUAAGAAUAAAAACUACGCAAGGAGAAACAACGAUAGAAUCGUAUUAGACCACAGCUAUCAGUUGAGUGGUAAACUAUAUGGCUAUUUGAAGAAAAUAGUCGAAGAACACGAUGUUGAGAUGGGAAAUAACAAUGAGAGUGAAAUGACAGAGUUUUUCAAGGGAUCAAUAGGAUUCAACCCCCAGAUUCGAAUCUACAGAUACAGCAAAAACCAGUUUUUCGAAAAGCACUAUGACGAGUCAGUCAAAUGCAGUGUUCUCGACAGCGAGAAGAGCAAAGUCAAGGGCAAGACCAAGUGGACGUUGUUGAUCUACCUCACAGGCGACGAGGAAAUCAGGGGAGGAGGCACCAUGUUCUACGACCCAGAAAAUAGCAGCAGCUGCAUCAACGUCCAUCCCAAGAAGGGCAUGGCGUUGUUUCACAAGCAUGGAGACGACUGUCUUUUACACGAGGCCGAAAGAGUGCACCAGGGAGAGAAAUGGGUGCUCCGAACAGACCUUGUGUUUCCUUUAUAGAGCAGCAGAAGAAGCAGAAACGGCAGAAGAAGCAGAAGAAGCAGAGUUGUUUGGCUGGAGAAAGGUGUUUCAGGCGGGAAUCGAACACGCGUUCUGUGCUCGCUUUUUGUGACAUUUCCCCCAACAGCAGAUGGAAGCAGAUAAAAGAUAACAGUAAAAGAUAACAGAUAACAGACAAAAGAUACCACAGGAUAUAACACAAGAUACAACACAUCAGAUAUAUGGUAGCAGAAAAUCAUAGCACUAGUCUACUUCCUCUUCGUCCCCCAUCAUGUUGAUUCAGAAUCCCUUGAACUCCAUUGCCACAUCCACCUCUGUUGAGCACAACGUCAGAAGCUCCAUCUUAAUCGACCAUAACACUGAAACUGACCAAGAUAUUCCGGUCUUGAAGAUACUAUUGAUUGGCUCUACUGCUGUUGGAAAAUCUGCUUUGUUGCUUAAAUACUGCGACAAUACCAUUAGAAACAGGCAACUAAAAUCCAGGCGAGAUAGUGCU